AUGAAACCUGUGCAUGAGCUCUCAACUAUUUCUGAGGAGGAGGAAGUUUACAUGGCCAUAGCGGCCAAACCAUGCGUCGAACAUACCUGCAUCAACAUCGCUACCAUCUCCACCGGCUUUGGGAAGGGAGACUUCUUGGUUCGAGAGGGCUACGAGAAGGGUAACCGCAUGUACUUUGACUAUUUUGAAGAGGCAUUCAACUACCUGGCAAACAAAGGGUACUCACGGGUGGCACAAGACGACGAACAGAGCUGGAUCGACACAAUCAAUGGAAUCUACCACAUCUUCAAAGGUGAAAUGAAAUACAACGCUGGAGCAUUACAAAUGGUACUUUCCCGACCAGCACAUACGGUCAAGUACUCCUCAAGAGUGUGCGACAAAUCAUCGGACACUCAAGCUGUCAAAAAAACCUCGAGAGUUUGCGACAGCGCUGAACAAAACAAGCCGGUCGAAUGGAACCCUGAGUUGUUUGUAGAAGAUCGGGGCAUGGACUCAAACGAAAUGGUUGCAACUUCAAAAGAAAGUCAAGUCUCCAUGCAACCUGUCACUCCCGUUACUGUUUGCACUGGAUCUGACUCUGACUCUCACGACAGUCCUAUUCCCACCAACGACCUCGAAAGAACCAAAGGACAACACAAGGUGAACAGCUCCCUUGAUAACGUGCAGCCCUAUGAGAAGCCUUGCCCGGAUGUAUGCGGUGCCAUGCCCACGCAAUCUGAGAAGCCCCGUGCAAUGUCGCCAAAACACCAGCGAGUCGACGACGAAGAAGUUUUGGAUGAUAGCACCGCUUUCAGUACCGACGAUGAAGGUCACGAGCAUGUAUACAUAGGCUCCUGCAUCACAGAGGCCUCUGACAGUUCAUGGUUCGAUAGCAUUAACAGUGACAUCAAGUCUCCGCUGUUACGGCAUUCUGAUGAAAGCACGUGUUCCGAGGUUUUUGAGACUACACAUGGAGCUGCAUUGCCCUUCCGCCCGGGAGGCGCCAAAACCAAUAAGGAUCUCAAGCUUGCCCCUGUCGCCGCUGUCAACGACCAACCCGUCAAUUUGCUUGCAAGAAAGCUGGAGGGUAAGGCACCAGAGCCACUGUGUCUACAAGCUGUGAAAGACAACCCAGAAGAGGCAAUCAAGGAGUACCGUUCUGCCCUGUCCAUCCUCCUCGAGACCGAGUCGGAUGCCAACGACUCCGAAGUGGCAACAAUCUACAGAAACAUUGCAUCGGCUCUUGAAGCUCUUGGCCAAUGGGCAGAAGCGUUGGUUGAACAUCGCAAGGCUCUAGGAAUCUCGAGCAAGGCCAACGGGCCAAACCACCCUGACACAGCACUCUCUCAUCAGCGCAUCGGCAUGAUUCUUUGUGGACAAGGAAACCUGGACCAUGCUGUGAAUCAUUUGAGCAAAUCUCUUGCCAUUCAGGAAAAUACCCAAGGAAAGCUCCACAAAACAACAGCUGCUGGCCACAUGUUCCUUGGCAAGACUCUCCACAAGAAGGGUGAUUUCGACAAGUCUUUAGAAGAAUCACGGGCAGCACUUGCAAUCUACGAUGCUUUGGGCCCAAGGGGGGCGGUUGAAGCCAAGUGCCUCGAGAGUAUCGCAGAGACACUGUGUGCUUUGGACAGGAUCGACGAGGCGCUUUUGGAGCUCAACGCAGCCCUCGAAGUAUCCGCUUCCUACGUCGACGAGCACCCCUUGAUGUUGUCCAGUCUUUGUUUCAAGGCAGGGGUAAUGUUGGCAAGAAAAAAGAAGCUCGACGCGGCCCUUCCCAAACUUCGUCGAGGACUCGAGGUUGCUGAAUCAGUCCGUGGACGAGAUCACCCCGAGAACAUUCCAUUCCACUUUCAGAUUGCAGAGGUCCUUCACUCCCAGCAUAACUACGAAGACGCUCUCUUUUCCUACAAAACAUCUCUGGUAAUCCGACAAAUGCACAACAUUCCGGACGAUGCGCAAAGUGCUCUGACGUACACCAAACUUGGAUUGGUGCACAUUGCUCUUGGGGAGCCUGAAGUUGGCAUUUCUGUCUUUGCCAAUGGUGUCGCCAUUUUUGAUGAUGUGCUUGGACGCGACAACCCGACCACCAUUCUAAUGAUCACCGCCCUGGGACAAAUUGGCAUAGCAUUCGGCUUGUCACCGGACAAAGAAGAGGAGGAAAAUUCUGGAAAGCGAGGCUUGCUGGGAUCGAUGAAACGUAGACUCGGUUUUGGUAGGAAAGGAAUGUAG